AUGUAUGGUAUUCCCAUCGAUGAACAUGAGCAACAACGCAAUGAUAAACAACACGCAAAAUUCUUGCUCCUGCUUGACGGUCGUCUACACCUUGCACCCAUUCAGCACCCACAGAAAAUUCUUGAUAUUGGGACUGGUUCAGGUAUAUGGGCUACGAAUAUGGCCGACAAAUAUCCUGAGGCCCAAGUAUUUGAGAUCGAAGAUGCUGAAGAAGACUGGACCUUUCGGAAGAAUUCCUUUGAUUUGAUCUACGGUCGAGAAUUAAUCGUGUCCAUCCGAGAUUGGCCUAAGCUGAUCAAGCAGAGUUUUGAUCAUAUACGACCAGGGGGUUUCCUCGAACUUGCAAUGACGAAUCCCGCGACACGCUGCGAUGAUGGGAGUCGAGACCUCGAACACUCAUACUUUGCGUAUUCCGGGAAACUCUUUUAUGAGGUAACGCAGAAGAUGGGCUCCCCGCUUGAUGCCAUGGAUCAAUGGGAAGCGCAGUUUGCAGAAGCUGGUUUCGUCGAUAUUCAACAUUUCGAUCUGAAAGUCCCCAUGGGUCCAUGGGCCAAGGACCAGAGAUUGAAAAAGAUCGGAUUGCUGGAACUCCACAAUCUCAACGAGGGUUAUGAGGCGUACCUUCUUCGCGGCCUCACUCAAGUCCUAGGCUUCUCAAAGGAGGAGGCUACUGUCAUGAUGGCUAAAGGAAGGAGUGAAUUCCUCAAUCCUAGGUAUCACACUUAUGUCCAUUUGUGA